GCACAUCAUCAUUUUUCACUUUCUCUUUUUACAUUCAAUUGAAUUGAAUUGAAUUGGAUUUCACCCUUCUUCAUAAAUUCAUCUUCCUCAAUCCUCACCCACAAAUGGCAGACUAGUAAUAGCUUUGAAGGACUCGCUCUCUCUCUCUCUAGUUUGCUCCACUGUAAACGAAGCGUGUUCUUUCCAAUUUCUACUAUCUUCUCCUUCUCCUCAAUUCCGCAAAAACCCACAAAUGAAUUCCGUCUCUUUCUCUUUUUUUCCUGUCUCCUCUUCAAAUCCAGCCUAUCAUUCUCUCUCUCUGAACAUAAUUGCGUUUCUACAUUAAGCUGCUUUCGGUUAUUAGGUUUUUGUCUGGCAGUUUACAAGCAUUUCUUUAUUCUUUUCUCAAUUCCUUCUGGCCCACUGCGGGUCUUACCCCUCUCUCUCUCUCUCUCUCUCUCUCUCUGCUUCUAUACCACUCUUCCCGUAUUAACUCUCCGGCGGAUUUCUGUCACAAUUCAACUCCUACCCCCCCUCAUUGAUUUGAUUCUAUAUUAAUUAACCCUUUAUGCAUUUCUCCGGUUUCCUGAAACAACAAGAUCAAGGGGGGAGUUAAGAUUGGAUCGCAGUAAUGAAGGUUACUUUGGUCCGAAUAUUGCCGCAGAAAGAUUGUGCUUAGAAGGGUAUUGAGUUUGAUUAAUUGGAAAUGUCAUCUGAAAACCUAGAUUCAGAACUGUCGAAGAAGACAUGGGUUUUUGGUUUAAAGUUAUGGGUGAUUAUAGGAAUAUGUGUUGGAGUAUUCAUAAUGUUGAUAAUGUGUCUCUUAUCCCUUUAUGUUAUGUUCAGAAGAGAAUCGAGAAGAAGAAAAAGAGGGUUGGAUAAUUACUCUCUUACCCAGAUACCAGAUGUGUCUAAAGAAAUCGGUAUUGAUAGGGUUAGGGUUCCUGAACGUUUAAUCUCUGCAAAUCAUGAUAAAUGGAGUGAAAGAAACUCAGACAAGAUGUUGGUUCAUCAUCUGCUUAAGAGCAAAUCAAUUGAUGGUGCUGAUAAUGUAAGCCAAUGCAGUUCGGUUUAUCAUCAGGAAAGAGGUUUCAGUGGAGAAGAUGGUGGUGGUGGUGGUUCGGGGACGAUAAUGAAGCAGUCUUCUUCACAGUCUUAUGGACAUUCAAUGCCUUCUCCAUUGAUUGGAUUGCCUGAAUUCUCUCAACUUGGAUGGGGUCAUUGGUUUACUCUGAGAGACCUUCAACUCGCCACAGAUCGAUUCUCUGCCAAGAAUGUUAUCGGGGAAGGUGGUUAUGGAGUUGUGUACAGCGGCAGGCUGAUAAACGGAACUGAGGUGGCUGUGAAGAAGAUCCUUAAUAACAUGGGUCAAGCUGAGAAAGAAUUCAGAGUCGAAGUAGAGGCGAUAGGUCAUGUUCGUCAUAAGAAUCUGGUGCGGCUUCUUGGCUAUUGCAUCGAAGGAGUUCACAGAAUGCUGGUUUAUGAAUAUGUUAACAAUGGAAACUUGGAACAAUGGCUUCAUGGAGAUAUGAAACAAUAUGGUCUGCUAACAUGGGAAUCCCGUAUGAAGGUUCUUCUUGGAACCGCAAAGGCGCUUUCUUAUUUACACGAAGCAAUAGAACCGAAAGUAGUGCAUCGGGACAUAAAAUCUAGUAACAUCCUGAUCGAUCACGAAUUCAAUGCGAAAGUUUCAGACUUUGGAUUGGCCAAGCUAUUGGGUUCUGGAGAAAGCCAUGUGAACACGAGAGUAAUGGGGACAUUCGGUUACGUGGCACCUGAAUACGCAAAUAGUGGCAUGUUGAAUGAGAAGAGCGAUGUCUAUAGUUUUGGUGUCUUGUUACUAGAAACUGUGACAGGAAGGGACCCUGUCGAUUAUAGUCGUCCAGCUAACGAGGUCAAUCUUGUGGAGUGGCUUAAAAUGAUGGUUGGAAAUAGACGAGCAGAAGAAGUGGUGGAUAUGAGCCUGGAAGUUAAGCCAUCAACCCGGGCGCUUAAACGCGCCCUCUUAGUUGCAAUUAGGUGUGUUGAUCCCGACUCAGAGAAACGACCCAAAAUGAGUCAAACUGUUAGAAUGCUCGAAUCUGAUGAAUUUGCUUACAGGGAGGAUCGAAGAAACAGGAGAAGCCGAACUGCGAGUAUGGAAAUUGAGUCCGCGAUUGUGGACACUGAAAAUCGAGGGGAACAGGUUGAUGAGCGCGAGUCUGAGAUAACGCAAUUGGCAGUUUAGACAGACUUUCUAAAUAAACGGUAACAUUAAGAGACAGGUUUAUUUUUCUCUUUGUUGAGAUUGAAAUGAUUUUCUAUGUUUUUUAGUCAGUUUGUAACACAGACAGAAGAAUAUUAAGGAUUUGGAGGGAUUCAUGAUUAAUUAUGUACAGUUAGUUUGGAUGUUUUGAAAUGAAUUGUCUUUUUUGUAUGUUCUAAGUUGGUCUUAUUAAGGAUUUGAUUCAUCGUUCA